GUUUCAGAUUUGCUUUACAAUAAUUAUUAGUCCUCAUACUGAUACCAUUCCACUGCCACCCCACCCCAUUAGCUUCACAACCUCAUACGCAUGGCAAUGCCAUAAUCAUGGCGCGUGGCACCUCUCACUAAAAGCUCUCUCUCUCUCUUUCUCUCUCUCAUACUCUGAAAAUUCAUCUUUCUUUGUUAGCCGUUGAGUGUUUCAUUUUAGUUUUACCCUCCAUUUUCACUUCAAUCAUUUCAUAACGUUCCCUGUUUAAAACUCUUCUUUCAUUACUGUUCCUUAAUAUUUAUUUAUUAUUUUCAGUGCCCCCAUUGAAAGUUUUGGCCUUUGCUAUCAUGAAUUCAUGAUCCUUUCAUCGAAUUGAUAUACCUCUUUCUCUCUCUACAACAAGGUGCUAUGUUUCUACUUCUCUUACAGUGGUGAACUUUACCUAUUUCUCUUCCACUCUCUACUGUUUCACCACCAACAAUUAGAAAAUGCAUUGCAGGACUAUAUAGAAGUUGCCACACAGUGAAUUGGUGACAAGAAAUGGAGCAACAACGGCGUUGGCACGACGUGUUCUGGUUAGGGAUAUUUGUGAUCCAUUUGGUUGGUAUGGGUUUGGUUCUUGGGGUUUUAGGCCUCAACAGGUUCAAGCAAAAGAACAGGCUUGACAUUGAUAAGUACACCUACCGGUUCAUGGAGAAUGAGGCUGGUUUGACGGAGGAUUACUGGCCGCUUUAUGCAGUGGCCGGUGGCCUAGGAACCGCCCUUGGAUGGAGUUGGUUGCUGCUGUUAGGCUCGCGCGCCACCCAGAUGAUGAAGGUGUCUGUGCACAUACUCACCACUUACCUUGCUGUGAUCAGUGUUUUGUGUUUCUGGGCAGAGCAGUUUUUCUGGGGUGUUGCCUUUGCUAUUGGGGCAGCCCUUCAGUUCUUGUAUGUGAUUUCUGUCAUAGAAAGACUUCCAUUUACAAUGUUGGUUCUGCAAAAGGCUGUCAAGAUGGUAUGGAAUAUUCCUGAAGUUAUGAGAGUAGCAUAUGCAUUUAUGCUUGUUGUGCUUUUAUGGAUGGCCUUAUGGUCAUUUGGAGCUGCUGGUGUUGUGGCUUCAAGCAUGGGUGACGGUGGACGCUGGUGGCUUCUAGUGGUCCUCUCUAUAAGCUUAUUUUGGACAGGUGCUGUACUCUGCAACACUGUGCAUGUUAUAGUGUCUGGGACAGUGGUUCUUGUUAGUAUCCAUGGUGGUAGAGAGGCUGUAUCAAUUCCCGCUAACUCCUUUAUGAAAUGUCUACAAUAUGCUUUAACGACUUCUUUUGGGAGCAUUUGUUAUGGUUCAUUAUUCACAGCUGCAAUUAGGACACUGCGAUGGGAGAUAAGAGGAAUCCGAUCCAGGAUAGGCAAUAAUGAAUGUUUGCUUUGCUGUGUUGAUUUCGUUUUCCAUCUUGUGGAGACUCUUGUCCGUUUCUUUAACAAGUAUGCUUAUGUUCAGAUUGCUGUUUAUGGUAAAAGCUUUAACCGUUCCGCUAGAGAUGCGUGGGAGCUAUUCCAGUCAACUGGAGUAGAAACACUUGUGGCCUAUGAUUGUUCGGGUGCUGUGCUGCUAAUGGGAACCAUUUUUGGUGGGCUAAUAACCGGGACUUGCUCUGGUGUUUGGGCAUGGAUUAAAUGGAAUGAUAGGGCUUUUAUGAUUGGGUCCACGUCUAUGCUCAUGGGAAUGAUCUUGGUUGGAGUUGCUAUGGUUGUGGUGGAAAGUGCUGUUACAUCCAUAUACAUAUGUUAUGCAGAAGAUCCCUUAUUGAUUCAGAGGUGGGACACUGAGUUUUUCAACCAGAUGUCUGAGACACUGCACCAACGACUUCAACAUAGGAGUUCACGUGGUGCAAGGGAAGUUUUAACCCACGAUCAGCUUGAUUCACACGCCUCUAUUUGAGGAAUCAUUUGAUGUCACAACACUACACACUUUAACACUUGUCCAUUUUAAUGUCAAAUCCUUUAGCCUUUACGCAUUAGCAUCUUUUUGUUUCAUUUUGUGACACGUUGAUAGGGUAACUUCAUGCUUCAAAUAGGGGGGAAAUUUGAUGGUUGUGACUGGCUUUGAGCAAUGUUGGGUUGGGUAUGUAAGUUCCAUUGCUCCUUGGGUUGCCUCAAAUAUGAGUCAUUUUGUACCCCUAAAAAACUAAAGAAAAAGAAACUGGAGACAGUGAUGGUCUUGAUUAUUGGUGUGUAUGAUAUUUAAUAUAAUUUACAAAAUGUACAGUAUUUUUUUCCUGCCGAA